AUGCAAUGGAUGAUGUUGUUUGCUUAUUUACAUUUACUUGAGACAUUUUUGUUAUCUAAAGGAGGGAUUACUAGCACGUUUAUUAGAAACGAAAAAAAGAGCCUGGAUAUGCCUCUUGAGAGUGAUGUUUUCCGAAUUCCUUCUGGCUAUAAUGCUCCUCAACAGGUCCAUAUAACACAAGGAGAUCAUGUUGGCAAAGCGGUGAUAGUAUCAUGGGUAACUGAAGAUGAACCUGGUUCGAGCACUGUGCUUUAUUGGCGUCAUAACAGCAGCAACAAACAAACAGCCAACGGAAAAGUUUCUACUUACAAGUAUUACAACUACACUUCUGGUUACAUCCAUCAUUGCAACAUCCAUAAUCUGGAGUUUAAUACCAAAUACUACUACAAGGUCGGGAUUGGAAACACUACAAGGACUUUUUGGUUUAUGAUUCCUCCCAAAGUCGGCCCCAAUGUCCCUUACACCUUCGGGAUCAUAGGCGACCUUGGCCAAACAUUCGAUUCAAAUCGUACGCUUAGCAAUUAUGAAAUGAACCCAGUGAAAGGGGAAACUGUACUGUUUCUGGGGGAUCUUUCAUAUGCAGAUGAGUACCCGUUUCAUGAUAAUGCAAGGUGGGAUACGUGGGGAAGGUUUGUGGAAAGGAGUGUUGCUUAUCAACCAUGGAUUUGGACUAGUGGAAAUCAUGAGCUUGAUUAUGAACCUAAAAUCGGCGAAACAAAGCUAUUUAAGCCCUUUCUAAAUCGAUACCAUGUCCCAUUCAAAGCAUCAAAGAGCACACACCCGCUUUGGUAUUCUAUCAAACGAGCUUCAGCAUAUAUAAUUAUCUUGUCUUCUUACUCGGCAUAUGGGAAAUCUACUCCUCAAUACAAAUGGCUCCGGAAAGAGUUAAGGAAGGUAAACAGAAGUGAAACACCAUGGUUGAUUGUUCUCAUGCAUUCUCCAUGGUACAAUAGCAACAAUGCCCAUUUUAUGGAAGGGGAGACUAUGAGAGUUGUGUUUGAACCUUUUUUUGUGCAGUCCAAAGUUGAUAUUGUGUUUGCCGGACAUGUUCACGCUUAUGAACGCUCGGAACGUGUGUCUAAUAUUGCGUACAACAUUGUAAAUGGGAGGUGCACUCCUGUAAAAGACCAAUCUGCCCCGGUAUACAUAACCAUUGGUGACGGAGGAAACAUUCAAGGAUUAGCAAGCAACUUUACAGAGCCACAACCAGCAUAUUCAGCAUUCCGAGAAGCCAGUUUUGGGCAUGCUACAUUGGAGAUUAUGAACCAGACACAUGCUUUCUACGCUUGGCACCGCAAUGGAGAUGAAUGUUCUGUUCAGGCAGAUUCCUUGUGGCUUUAUAAUAGAUACUGGUACCCCGUAGAUGACUCAACAGCUAAAAGUUAA